AUGUACCGCCUGCAGAAUUACCUGAUCCAGAAGCAGAUAAUGGUGAUUCCCAUAUGACUUUGAAGGAACAGGAGCAAAAGUGGACAGAUAUUGCUUUGUGUACACUCUGCGAGCAUCAUCACGGAUUUUCAAACUAAGACGAGAAAUGGAACUUCCUGGCCUCGGAAAGAGAUGUGCACGUUUAGAAUGUAAGCAGUUAGAUUUUCUUCCAUUCAUAUGUUCUCAUUGCCAACUAAUAUUCUGCAAAGAUCACUAUAUGUUAGAUAAACACAUGUGUACACAUGAUAGCACUAUAUCAGUUAGAAAAGCUGUUGAACCCAUGAAGCAAUACCACUGUACAUAUGGUGACUGCAGUGUACUAAGUUCAGCUGAAAUAUAUUGCCAAGUUUGUAAGAAGCAUUUUUGCCUUAAACAUCGUCACCAUGGUUGCAUUGAUAAGGACCAAGCAACACGAGACAAGGAGAGGGACAAGUGGGAAUCUCCAAAGAAGCAAUUUGAAAUAGCCAAGGCUGAGGUAGAUCGUCAGGUGGAUACAAAUCUGAAUCGUGCAAAGAAGAAAGAAAGGCUCAAUAAAACUGUACUCAAAGUUCAGCUGAUGAGGCUGAAGGGUAAAGCAGUAGGUUCUAAAGGGAUACCAACUACAGACAGAGCAUAUUUCUUAAUUUAUCUUCCACUGACAGUUCAGAAAAACAGUAAGGCUGUUUUUGUGGCAAAGCAGUGGUCCAUAGGAAGGGUAAUAGAUUCAGUUGCAGAUCUUUGUGAUAUUUCAAACAAAAACAAUGAAACUGCUUCCAAAAAACUGAGACUCUUUCACCAGCAUGAUGGACAAAUACUUUGCACAGAAAUGGAAAGAAAACUAGAACAACUUUUAAAUGGUGGGACACUGAUGGACGGAGAGACUUUGAUAUUAGAAUACAUAACAGGAACUGAUCCUGAUUCUUGUCUCAAAUGUCUGGACCAGUAUAUAGAUUAAUGUAUAGUAUAAAGUGCUUAAUAUCAGACAUUAAACACCAGUUAUGUUUCAUAACAUUUAUGUUGCAAUUGUUUUUACUCAAAACCUUGAAAAGUAAUAGUUUCUGCAGUUAGAUGUAAUUUCAAUAAACAUUGCAUGUUUACAGUGGGAAAGCAGAUUUCUGUUCAUGUAUCCUGAAGCUACAAGGCCAGUUAAUUUAAAUAAAUGUCCUUUAUAUGCUAUGUGUUAGUUUGUUAAACUUGGCAAGGGACAUUUAAUUUUGCAUUGUGCUGUGUUAUUUGUAGGAAAGGGUUAUUAUUUUUAUCUCCUUUCCUCUACAGCUGUCAAGUAAAAUGACUAGCUAGAACUGAACAUUUAUGGUUUUAUUCUCAUUAGGGGCAAGAUCUUUCUCUUCACUUGCAUCUCCAAACCAGAUGAUCUAUCAUCCUAUCCAGUGGGUACUUUGGACCUUUUCCCAGGAGACAAAAUGACCAGUGUGAAACUCACCCAUGUGUUCCAUAUAUUCCCAAAAUCUUGUAUGUAUAAAGCUGUCUGUAGUGCUUAGGUUGAGACUUGUGUUGAAGCAGUCAGUGUGCAAAGCUAGCCCUCACCUGCAUUCAAAGAUAAAAUCUAGAAAUUACAGGUAUCUACCUCCAUGACCCUCAUGACCUGGUGAUAGGCACAAGAAUCGAGCCUUUUGUUUUAAGAUUGGAUUAGCUAAGUCAUGAUUAUGCUUAACUAACGACAGCAGCGUGAAGCUCAGGACUGCUCUGUGUGCUGGGGCCUCGCCUUGACACUCCUUUUAGUCAGCGAUACCUGGUCUAAAACAAUAUAAAAUGUGCAGAUUGCUUGCAGCAACAGAGAAAAAUUAUGCAAAUAGUAUAAAAGUCUUACAUUCUUGAUUUUUUGUGUCUGUUCAUGAGGGGAGGGAUGUCAGCAUCUUUAUGUAGAUAUAUGUCCAUCUUGUGAGUUGUGUAUCAUUAAGUAAUAAAAAUGGCCUCAUAUCAGUUUCCUUCAGCCUGGAACUGUGUACUAGGCUGUGCCAUAACUUCUAUA